CUAGAAAACCCUGAUAUGUCAAUCGAAGCGCGCGCACAAUCCGUUCCAACGCGCUCCAUAACGGGAUUUCUGCGCCUUUGUGAGCGUCUGUGACUCUGCGCAGGGCCGCGGAGACGAAAUCCAGCCGAGGAAGCAGAACGGGCAGGAAUACGAUGAUCGCGGACGUUCGUAAAGCGAACUCCGUGGCCAGCUGUGUUCGAGCUGAAGCAGCGAUCUACCCAGACUCCCCCGUGUCCUCGGCACCCGAGAACGGCCAGCUUCUCCUCCGCAGCGGCGCGUGCACGAGGGGUACGAGCACGAGCGCAUCCAGCGCCAACGCGGAUCGAGGCAGCACGGACACCGAAUCCGCGGCGGCUCGCGCCAUGACCUCUGGGUGCGAAUUCCCUCCGUCUGCGCCGCCCUUCGUCCCUCGUUCCGCCAAGAAUCUCUUCUACAAGGUGCUGUGCUUCGCCUUGCUCGUGCUGCAGGGCGGUAUCCUGGACUUCUACCUCAUAGCGUUCACCGACCUGUACUGGUGCUCAUGGAUUGCCACGGAUCUUGUGGUGGUCUCUGGCUGGGCCAUCUUCUUCGUCCGCAACGCUAGAAGCAAGCGCGAGCGAGCAUGUGGUUUCCGUCAAAAGAGCUCGCUCUUUGGCUGUCACCUGGGCGAGUUCGCAUUCGCGCACCUCGCAUGGCUCGUCUACGUGAUCGCGUGCGCGCCGAAGGUGGCGCUAGUGCUGCAGACGUCCAUCCUGGAGCUUGUGGCACGUGAAGUGCCUUUGGGCGCCGCCGGCUUUGAGGCCACCGCGCUGCUCGCAGCACCGCUGCUCUUCUGCCUCAUUAACUCUCUAGUGGAAGAUCCGCACGGAGCUCCGCGCUACCACUCGCAGAGCUGCUUCGUGAACAUGUGCGUAGAUGUGCUGGACAGCUUCACGCUCGUAGAUUUGCUGCUUGUGCAAAACGAGAUCCCAAACAACACAUACCUGAAGUACGGUGUGAUGGCGGCGUAUUUCGUGGCGCUGGUUGUGCCGGUGCUUUGGCUCUACGAGCUUUCCGCCGCGUCGCGGAUGCGCUGUCGCUGGAUGUGCGCGCGUUUCCUAAGCGGCGUGCUGCUGGACGCGCCUCUGCUCGCCGUCAGAUGCUUGCUCGUGUUCCUUUACGACAUGCCCGUGUCACUUUUUAUGUUCAAGAACGUUUUUUUCUUGGCGUGCAAGUGCCUGGAGUUACUGGAGCAGUGCGCCAGCCUGAGGAGUGUGCGCAGACUAGCGCGCGGUGGAGACCCGGCCCAGUUCUCCCACUGCGUCUCGGAGAACGACAUGUGCCCGCGCGGAUACGUUAACACGCUGGCUGUUAACACUCAGCCCUAGAUGCUGCUGCGCAUCUACAUAAACUGGGACGCGCAUUUACAGAAUAUUCCCAAGAACCUAUCAUAUAACCAGCCUUAUGAAACGCCGUCGCAAGACCAACGUCCCUAACAGGUGCUACAACCAAAACAAAUCGACGUGCCAGUGAAAAAGGCAGAAUCUCAAAUGGCCGCUACUCCCUAUGUGGUACAAGUGUUUACUUGGGGUAUGAAAUAAUGGCUUUUCCACAUCCUAAUGCGCUAUACAGAAACACAUCACGGUCUGUCUGCAGGUCACAGAAGGCGUGUAUUUGAGUCCAUUACUGGAAUGUAAACACCUGCGAAUGGGCGUGGCUUUAAGCCAGGAAUCUCGGCACUGACGUUGUUAGCCAGUAACCUAAACUGACAGGAUUCCUAAAUCAGGACCUUAGAUCAGGUUCAGGUAAAACUCCACCCUGAA